ACAGAUCGCUGUGUAAAACUAACCUUAAAGUGCAUUGCGUCAAAAUUGUUUACAAUACAUUGGUAAUAUUGCGAUAAAGGAUGUCUUUGAACGGUUUUUUAGAGUUCUUUCAGAAGGGCAAGACGUUCAGGCCAAAAAAGAAAUUUCCCCGCGGUACCAUACGUUAUAGUUUGCACAAGCAAGCACAGGCCAGUUUAAAUUCUGGUAUUAACCUUCGAAGUGCUGUUAAGUUACCCGAAGGUGAAGACUUAAAUGAUUGGAUUGCUGUACAUGUGGUGGAUUUUUUCAAUAGAAUCAACCUCAUUUACGGUACGAUUUCCGAAUAUUGCACCGAACAAACAUGCCCCACUAUGUCGGGGGGGCCCCGUUUCGAAUACCUAUGGGCCGACGGCGAAAAAUACAAAAAACCCACGCCACUGCCAGCCCGAGAGUAUAUAAGCCACUUGAUGGACUGGAUAGAGAUGCAGAUAAACAAUCAGAACCUAUUUCCGUGCACAUCCGAUCUACCGUUCCCGAAAAAUUUCUCCAGCCAUUGCAGCAAAAUUUUGGCCAGGUUGCACCGUGUUUUCGUGCAUGUCUACAUACACCAUUUUCAGAAUAUCGUCACGAUUGCUGCUGAGGCUCAUGUGAAUACGUGCUACAAGCAUUUCUACUACUUCGUGACUGAAUUUGAGCUGGUAAGUAGGAAGGAAUUAGAACCUUUGGUGGAAAUGGCCUCAAGAAUAUGCAAAGAUAUGCAAUAAUAAUAAAAAAAAUAUUAAUAAGGCCAGUAACAUAUAGCUAGACUGAUUUUUAAUACUACUAACAACAGAAUCUUCUUUUUGUACCCU